GGUUGACGCGAAUGACGCGGCGCCAGUCAGGCCGCAGCCCCGCUGCUUGGCCGUCGGGCCCGCCUCGGCCGGCUCGGCCCGCCCCCGGCCCUCCCCGCGCGGCCUCCCGUGCGCCCCUGUCAGACUGUGGCGGCCGGUCGCGCGGUGCGCUCUCCCUCCCUGCCCGCAGCCUGGAGAGGCGCUUCGCGCCGCACACACCCGCGUUCCUGCCGGCGCCGCGCCUGCCCUCUGCCGCGCUCCGCCCUGCCGCCGACCGCACGGCCGCCGCGGGACAUGGCACACGCACCCGCACGCUGCUCCAGCGCCCGGGGCUCCGGGGACGGCGAGAUGGGCAAGCCCAGGAACGUGGCGCUCAUCACCGGCAUCACGGGCCAGGAUGGUUCCUACCUGGCUGAGUUCCUGCUGGAGAAAGGCUAUGAGGUCCAUGGAAUUGUACGGCGGUCCAGUUCAUUUAAUACGGGUCGAAUUGAGCAUCUGUAUAAGAAUCCCCAGGCUCACAUUGAAGGAAACAUGAAGUUGCACUAUGGCGAUCUCACUGACAGUACCUGCCUUGUGAAGAUCAUUAAUGAAGUAAAGCCCACGGAGAUCUACAACCUUGGAGCCCAGAGCCAUGUCAAAAUUUCCUUUGACCUCGCUGAGUACACUGCAGAUGUUGAUGGAGUUGGCACUCUACGACUUCUAGAUGCAGUUAAGACUUGUGGCCUUAUCAACUCUGUGAAGUUCUACCAAGCCUCAACAAGUGAACUUUAUGGGAAAGUGCAGGAAAUACCCCAGAAGGAGACCACCCCUUUCUAUCCCCGGUCACCCUAUGGGGCAGCAAAACUCUAUGCCUAUUGGAUUGUGGUGAACUUCCGUGAGGCGUAUAAUCUCUUUGCAGUGAAUGGCAUUCUCUUCAAUCAUGAGAGUCCCAGAAGAGGAGCUAAUUUCGUUACUCGAAAAAUUAGCCGGUCAGUAGCUAAGAUUUACCUUGGACAACUGGAAUGUUUCAGUUUGGGAAAUCUGGAUGCCAAACGAGAUUGGGGCCAUGCCAAGGACUAUGUGGAGGCUAUGUGGCUGAUGUUGCAGAAUGAUGAGCCGGAGGACUUCGUCAUAGCUACUGGGGAGGUCCAUAGUGUCCGGGAAUUUGUCGAGAAAUCAUUCAUGCACAUUGGAAAAACCAUUGUGUGGGAAGGAAAGAAUGAAAAUGAAGUGGGCAGAUGUAAAGAGACCGGCAAAGUUCACGUGACUGUGGAUCUCAAGUACUACCGGCCAACUGAAGUGUGUUGCCUUAACAACCAUUACAUCUGGAAAUUUGGAGCAAAAAAGUCAAAUAAGAGUUCUCAGAAGACUGUAUGUGUUAGAUCUUUUAUCAGCAAGAUCUCUGGGACAGCCAGCGGAGAAGUCAAACAGGGAAGCAGCAGGCCAGUGAUUGUCGUAAUAUUUUAAACUUAGACCAGUAAAAUGGAGCUAUUUUACAAAAAACUAUGGCAUUCAAAACUGCUAAAAGUUAUGUUUCAUUAUUUGGGAGCGGUCAUUAACUAGACAACCUAUGGUUAAAGUAUUACGAAACUAACGGAUGUGAAAGUUCUCUUUGCAAAAUCUCUUUGCAUUUUUACUAAGGAGGCAAGAGCCAUGCUUUUGUGUGUGCAGAGGAAAAUUUCAUUGCAUAUUCUUAACGUGUUCAAAAUAAUUCCUUGCUAUUGAUACUUGUUCUAAGUUUUCCCCAUAUAAAUUGCAGUAGCACUGUGAGACUAAUUGUGAAACUAAGCCAUCUUUUAUGGAGUUGCCCUUAGAGGUGAUGUAAAAUAGUAUUUAGGGUCUCUUGUGUUACUGAAUACAGAUCAUAGGCAGCUUCAAAUAAGUGGGCAGUUACAUCAGAAAGCAUGACGCUGAAGAGAAAGGUUUCCUUUGGACCAAGGUAGAACCUGAAAUGUCCAGAUAUAUUGGAAACAUGAAAUUUAUCCAGCAUAACUUCCACUGCUAUCUGCCACACAGAACAACACUGCUUAUAUUGUCAGUUCUAAAGAAUGAUAGUGAGAAGACCCUGAGAAGAGAGCAUAUGAUAAGCCAUUGCCCAAAUUACAGAGCUCCAGGCCUGUUCCAUCUAAUCAGGAGAAAGAGCUUUAGGCGAGGAUGUGCUCACGCUCUCGAGAGAUAUAUUUUGAGUACUCACUAUAGGCAAAUAGGUACUGGGCUCUGAACAGGGUGCUAAUGAACAAGACCCAGUUCCUUUACCAUCCGGAAGCCCCUGCAGGUACGGAACACCCGCGAUCAGGGAUGCGGGAACGAAGCUGGUCCCUGGGAUGAGAACAGCUGUGGUUCAAGGGAAGCUCAGACUGCCAGCAUCAUUGUACUCUGAGAGGAGGUGGCAUUCGGCUGGCCCUGGAGGGAUGGGUACAGUGUUGGUGGGUCCAGAUGCUGCGAAGGGCAUUCCAGGAAGAAGGACAGGCUUGUCCUUCCCCACUCCAGCCUGAGAAUGUGUCGGAGAUUCCCCAGGACUCAGCCCAGGCGACUCCUCCUCUACAGAGCCACGUUCCACACAAGAGUGGGGACUCACGCCCCUUCCUACUUUCCUUCCACUGUGCCCAGCAACUAAGUCAGUGUCUUGUCACACUACAUGGCAGUUCCUGGCAUAUGUGUCUGUGUCCCCUUGGCCUUGUUCAUUAGCACCCUGUUCAGAGCCUAAUACCUAUUUGACUAUAAUGAGUACUCAAAAUAUAUCCCUUGAGAGAGUGACCACAUCCUCUGGUAUAGCUGAAGGUAUUAAUUCUUAUUUCAGUAUCCCAGGUAUCAGCUUCCAGACCCUUCAGCCUGCUGGGGACACUCUGUUUUUAGGAUUUGGGGGUGGGAGAAGCUGCUUAAAUUCCUGUUCCCAUCCAGCAGGACACCCCAUGUCUCCCCGGUAGCUCUGAGAAUUACCUGGCGCCACUGAAACUCUGAAUGCCCUGCAUCCUCCAUUUCCUACAUCCCAGAGCAAACAAGAUGUUCCGUGAUUGCAGGUGUUCAGUAGAGGGGUUAUAUCUUGGUUAAUAAACCACUUUAAAGCCACAUAGUGGACAGGCCUGUUCUCGAAGAUUCCUGGUCAUUGUUUCUUGCAGAACACUGGUUCCUCUGGGAAGGGAUGGAGUUCCUCUCCCUCUGCACCUGCCCAGCUGCCCUGACCAGCCCUUGUCACCUUUAUGCAAAGCAGCCCAGCCCUUUCUGCCAUCCCUCCUCCCUCGCCAGGGCAAGGAAGGGGCAAGAGGCCUGACUACCGCCCAUGCCCACAGGAGCCAUCAAGGUGGUCUUUUUGUAAGAGACUGAGUGAGCCCAGUAGGACCCCUCUGACCUGGCUUUUGAACUAACCUCCCCAGCCCACCCCCCGCCACAUGGGGCACCCAGGACCUGGAGUGGGCAGGCACUCAAU